GGGAGGAAACCGAGUAGAGCCCUGGAGAAACCCACGGCCAUCCACAGAUUGCAGGCAGACCUUCCCUCAUAUGGCCGGAGAGGAAGCCAGCAUGAGGUGGACUAGAACUCACAGCGGCCACAUUGUUAUAUGGUCGUUAUACAAGAGAACUCGGAACAUUUGCCAAGUUUCAAGCAAAAAGAUUAAAGAGAGAAAGAAAGCAGUCUGCAUCUAAACCCUUUAUAGAAAAAUCAGGAAAAUGUCAAGGGUUUUUGUUACACUGUGCUGCUCUGCGGGAUGUGGUAUUUUUUCGUCUUGGAGAAGACUGGAUUUUCCUGGCUGUGCUGGGCAUUAUAAUGGCUCUGCUCAGCUUCGGCAUGGAUUUUGUUAUAGAGAAAUGUCAGGAAGCUAAAAUCUGGUUAUACAAAGAGCUGUCUUUCUCCUUACCGCUGCAGUUUGUGGCCUGGGUGUCAUACUCCAUUGUUUUCAUCCUCUUUGCUACUGGGUUUACUCAUAUCGUCUCCCCACAGGCUAUAGGUUCAGGAAUUCCAGAAAUGAAAACAAUAUUGCGAGGAGUUGUACUCAAAGAGUAUUUGACAUUCCGUACACUUGUGGCCAAAAUAGUGGGGUUAUGUUCAUCAUUGGGGAGCACGUUACCCAUUGGGAAAGAGGGUCCAUUUGUCCAUGUUGCCAGUAUUGUAGCUACAUUGCUGAGUAAAUUUAUAACCUCAUUCAGGGGAAUAUUUGAGAAUGAGUCGAGGAAGUCAGAAAUGCUGGCUGCAGCAUGUGCAGUUGGUGUAGCAUGUACAUUUGCAGCUCCAAUUGGAGGUGUAUUAUUCAGUAUUGAGGUAACAGCCACGUACUUCGCUGUGCGAAACUACUGGCGAGGUUUCUUUGCGGCUGUCUGUGGAGCGUUAGUCUUCAGGCUGCUGGCCUUCUGGUUUAAGGAUGAAGAAACCAUAACAGCUGUAUUCCGGACAAACCUAAGAACUGAGUUUCCAUUCGAUGCUCUAGAACUUAUAGCGUUCGCUGCUAUUGGGAUUGUUUGUGGGUUUGCUGGUCCACUAUUUAUUCUUCUGCAUCAAAAAAUUAUUAUCUUCACAAGAAGGAGAAAAAGAAUGUCCUCAUUUCUUCAGAAAAAUCGUUUUAUAUAUCCAGGGUUAGUGGCCCUGAUCAUCUCUUCUCUCACUUUCCCACCGGGCUUGGGUCAGUUCUUCUCAGGGGAGCUGACCCAUCGGCAGGCCAUCAACGAACUGUUCAGUAACAUCACCUGGUCUACGGGACAAGCAGAAGACCUGGCAGAUGAACAGAUUAUCAGUCAUUGGCGACAUCCCGCCACCAACAUCUAUGUCAACCUUGUAAUCUUCAUCAUCAUGACUUUUUGGAUGGGGGCUAUGUCCAACACUUUGCCUGUUCCUGCUGGCAUAUUUGUUCCUGUCUUCACCGUUGGAGCAGCGUUUGGCCGCCUUGUUGGAGAGAGUAUGGCUGCCUGGUUUCCUGUGGGAAUCCGUAGCAGCAGUGGUGCUGUUCAUAAGAUAAUGCCGGGUGGAUAUGCUGUGGUCGGGGCAGCUGCUUUGUCAGGAAGUGUGACUCGGACCAUCUCUACAUCGGUCAUCGUGUUUGAGCUGACUGGUCAGAUCAGCCAUGUCCUCCCAGCUGUGAUAGCUGUGUUAAUAGCUAAUGGAAUAGCACACCAGUUACAACCAUCUUUCUACGAUAGCAUCAUCAAAUUGAAGCGUUUACCUUAUCUGCCAGAUAUUGUGUCAGCAAAGUCCAGAGCCUGGAAUGUUUAUGUGGAGGACAUUAUGAUCAAGGACCUGAAGUUUAUCAGCUUUGUGUCGACGUACGCAGAGCUCCAAGAUCUUCUCAUGUCGUCCUUCUUCAGGUCCUAUCCCCUGGUGGACUCCACAGAUUCCAUGAUACUGCUGGGUUCUAUCCAGAGAUUUGAGUUGGAGAGACAGCUUAUGCUUCAUCUGAGUCAUGAACAGAAGGUGAUAGUGGAGGAACCCAGCCCAGACCCCGAUCACGAUGGGAUUGAUCGCAGCAACGAGACAAGGGAGAUAAGCGAGUCUGAGGAUGACCAGUCACCGACUCCUGAAGCCAGAAAUGUCAGCACCCCAGAAGACGUGACUGUGGCUCUGUCAGCUUCAUCUCCAACUCCUAAGCCAGAGAUAAAGAUAGAACAGAGACCCUUAGCCAGGUUCCAGGUGCAAAAAGUAGACGAAGACAAAGUAAUGCCCAUACCAAAGCAGCCGUCAGCCAGUGAUAAUGGAAUUAUGACAUCGGGAGAUGAAAUAUCAGACUACGAAAGCACAUACAGCGGCAGUUUGAGGCUACCAAAGAAAAAGCUAAAGUCAAUUCUAAAGAAAUCCCCCAGAUCUACACCAAGGUCUUCUCCAACGCCAGACAGAAAAGAUUUAGCCAACUUGUACAAGAGUUUCUCUGACCAAAGCAGACCCGGUAUUGUUGAAGAUGUACCUUACUAUUACCAGAGCAAUAAUGAUGCUGCUUGUAAGAAGCAUGUCCAGUUGCCACCAGAAACUGUUAAAGUGAAAACCCUUCUUCCUCAUGAGCAAGAGGCCUGGGAAGAGGAGCAGUUAAAACAGAGGAUUAACUUUGAUGGCUGUCAGAUUGACCCAGCCCCAUUCCAGUUAGUGGAGAGGACUUCUCUACAUAAGGUCCAUUCAUUGUUUUCUCUGCUGGGACUGAAUCAUGCCUAUGUGACUAACACCGGCAAGCUGGUGGGAGUUGUAGCCCUGAAAGAAUUGCGACAUGCUAUCCAAGGACGAUUGGAGGAACAGGAAAAUUCUAAAAAAGGUGGAAAGAAUAUGGAUGAAGAUGAAAUAGAGCUGGAUGACCCCGCUCAGUUACAAGUGGUGACACCGACGGAUGGACAUACAGACACAUCCAUGGUCAUAGACUCCAACACAGCUAAGAUCUCGUGACACUGAUUAACAAGUGCUGCUCAGUUUUGUUGGUCACAUUUUCGUUCGUUUUCAAAUUUUCUUUAUAUUUCAGUUUACUCAUGUAGUUUGCAUAAUGGUACUUUAUUCUAUAACCCUGUACCUCCUUUCCCUGCCUCGUGGUUUUCUUUUUUUCUGAAGUACAUUGUGUUAAGAAAGGCUUUAAGAGAUUUCAGAGUGACAGACAGCCAUAGGUAUUUAUACACAUGAUAUGCAAGAGUUUUGAAAAUGUGCCCCCAUACUUUGUUCAUGGCAUACUUUUCAGUGUCAGAAAUCGCUUGAUAAAAUGGUGGUUUUCUGAUGGUGCAAUGGAAGUAUAUUACUUUAACUCUGUUAGGAUGCGUACUUAUCAAUGCAUUUGCAUAUAUGCAUGUGGUAGAGAUGUAACUGAACUAAGAAUGCUAAGUGGUUCUCUCUUAAAAUUGCCGUCCUAUUUUAUCUAAGGUACACAUUGUUAGCUAUGAUAUAAUCUGAAUUUACUACAAUUUCACCAGAUCUUCUACUGUACAGCCAGAUUCUAGCUGAAUAUCCUAAAGCAGUCUUGGCUGCGUCAUGCACUGUUGAUUGGGCCAUCAUCAGUUUUGGCUGCGUCAUAAACCGUUGAUUGGGCCAUCAUCAGUCUUGGCUGCGUCAUGCACCGUUGAUUAGGCCAUCAUCAGUCUUGGCUGCGUCAUGCACCUUUGGUUGGCCAUCAUCUGUGUUGGCUGCGACAUGCACCAUUGGUUGGGCCAUCAUCAGUCUUGGCUGCGUC